ACACACACACACACUCACUCAGCCGCCGACACCGCCGUAUGAUAUUGUUGUUGUUGGAUUUUUUUUUUUUGGUAAUAAAAAUACGAAUUUAUUAAUAUAUUAAAACGAUAAGGAAAAUACCGAAAAAGGUCGGGACGUGAGAAAUGAACAGAAAAAAAUGAAAGAAGAUUUAUUUACGAUCGUUCUUGUGUAUUUGUGUUAAUUAACCGUGCAGUUAUUUUUCGACUAGUUUUAAUUAUCUCCCGUUGGUGGGGGGGACAUCGGAAUGUUGUAGCAAUAUGGCGGCGGCCAUGAUAAUGGCACAUUCGACAACGUAGACUCUUUGUUUUCGUUUCUCGAUAAUACUGUUUUAUGAUACUUUUUAUUUUUUUCAUCGUACCCGCGCCCGCCAAUUCCACGCCCGACGAUUGCCUUUGCGCGAGUCCCGCUCGUGUGUGUUUCAUCCCGUGGAAAAGCCGAUCCGUAUUCGUUCUAAAUGUGCGAAAAGUGUCGCGAGUUCUCUGUUCAUCGUCCAAAGGCUGCAUUGGUGGGUACGUGCACUGAACACGGAGGACACCGAAGACCCUCCAAUGACGGGUUAACGAUGCGCUACCGGUCCUGAGGUGUUUAUUUUCAACUGUAAAGAUUUGGAUUUUUUACUUUUAAUUAAGCAACUUCAGUUGCUUGUAUCAACCAUGUGAUUGCUAUAUAAGUUUAUCUAUAUACCAACACAUGUUGUGUUCAAAAUUGCCAUGUGUGUGAGUGCGUAGUCUGUGUGUCCUCGGCCCCCAGUUAGUCAUGGGCCGCCCGAGGAAGCCGUCGCCAGCAUGAACUCUGCGGCGCCUGCAUCGGGCAAACCAUCUACCCGAUCAUCAUCUUCGGGCUACCGCCAGAAGGCAUUGGCAGAAAUCCGCAAUUCACUAUUGCCCUUCGCGAAUAUUGGUGGCUGCGACAGCAGCGCUGCCAGCUGCGUGUCAAGCAUCUCAAGUGCUUCAGGAUCAGCUACCUCUGGCAUUGGGUCUGUAUCUGGCCUUAGUUCUCUUUCGAAUAACUGUGUCGACAAAGAGCUUAACAGAUUACGGCAGACACUUACUCAAUUGAUCGCAAUGGGGUACACUGAAGAAGCAUCAUUAAGAGCACUUAAAGUAUCUGGAGGACGGUGUGAAGGAGCUCUAGAUUUUCUAGCUAAGCAACAGCAAUGUGAUCUGUCUAAUGGAUGCAGCAAAUCUUCAUCUGGAUUAUGUAGUAGUAAUAAAUUGAUCAGAAAAUCAAGUUUAGAAAGGAGUGGAGUUGGUCCAAGGAGUAGUCCUGGUCAAGAUAGUGGUGCAGGAAGCUCAAGGUCAGAUAGCCCAAGACAACCUGAUCUAGUCAUCCACUCUCAUCCGCCUUUAUCUCGUCAAUAUUCUCCUUCUGCAUAUUCAGAAACUCCUCCACCACCUCCACCUAGAAAUAAUAGUACACCACCACCUCCUCAUGUACCAACACACAUGCAACAGUUGCUUAAGCGCAUGUCACCAGCCCCUGCUGUUCCUUCACGGCCACCAGCACCUACGCCAGGAACUUCAUGUAGUUCCAAUCAAAGAGGUACUUCACCGAUGGUUGUUCAAAAUGGUCCACAAGCACAGCAACAAUUAUCUCAACAGAUGCAAGCCUUAAGUAUGACUACUGCUGAACCCCCGCCUCCUUAUCCAAUAGUUGGAGCUCCACCACCACCACCCUCAUACUCUGUUUCAAUUCAAGAAUACCGAAAAUCGCCGUCUUCUGGAGUGUUUUCAAAUGCAGGGUCAUCCAGUCCUGUAUCUGGAUCAACAAAUGGAAGUAUGUCAUCUUUAACUCGACCUACACCAUUGCAAGCUUGGGGAGCUAGACAAACUAAGACUCAGUCACCAAUUAUAAUGCAGUCUGUACGAAGUACUUUAGUCCAAAAACCUAUACUUCAAACUGCUGUUGCACCACAAGCUCCAGUACCUACUUCUCCCUCCCCAGUUCCACCUCCAUCUUAUGCAUCAUCUAUUCAACAUAAACAACAAGCUCAAAAAGCAGUUCAACAACCUCAACAAGCGUCAUUGUCUUCACCCCCAUCAGUUGUGCCAACAACUGAACCUCCUAGCUAUGCAAGUACUAUGCAAGCGCUGGCUGCCCAACGAGUAAUUACUAAUCCAUUGCCACCACCACCACCAUAUGCUGAGGAUCAUCAACAUAGGAAGCCUACUCCUCCAUUACCCCCUAUUCCAUCAUCAUCUGUUGCUAAAAACAAAAUGAUGAAUUGCAGUAACUAUCAUCAUCCGUUUAAUAAUAAUAAUAAUAAUGGCAUUACCAAUGGACAUGAUGAAGAAGAUGAUAGUCAGUCAAAAAUAGAUCACCAGUCCCCUAUUCCAGAGCGAAAACUUAUUAGUAAAGAGAAAGAAGAAGAAAGACGGGAAUGUAAAGUAAAAAAUUAUUCUCCUCAAGCAUUUAAGUUCUUUAUGGAACAACAUGUAGAAAAUGUUAUAAAGUCACAUAAACAAAGAGUGUUUAGACGUGUUCAGCUUGAGACCGAAAUGGCUAAAAUAGGUUUGAGUGAUGAAGCUCAGUGUCAAAUGAGAAAAAUGUUAUCACAAAAAGAAUCAAAUUACAUACGUCUUAAACGAGCAAAAAUGGACAAAUCAAUGUUCACAAAAAUCAAACCGAUUGGAGUUGGUGCUUUUGGUGAAGUUACAUUAGUUAGGAAAAUUGAUACAAACCAUUUAUAUGCCAUGAAAACAUUAAAAAAAGCACAUGUACUUAAGCGUAAUCAAGUUGCCCAUGUAAAAGCUGAAAGAGAUAUACUAGCAGAAGCUGAUAAUGAGUGGGUUGUUAAACUAUAUUAUUCGUUUCAAGAUAAAGAUCAUUUAUACUUUGUUAUGGAUUAUAUACCUGGUGGAGAUUUGAUGUCAUUACUAAUCAAAUUGGGAAUAUUUGAAGAACAUUUGGCAAGGUUUUAUAUUGCUGAAUUGACUUGUGCUGUAGAGAGUGUACAUAAAAUGGGUUUUAUCCAUCGAGACAUCAAGCCAGAUAAUAUAUUGAUUGACAGAGAUGGUCACAUCAAACUAACUGACUUUGGAUUAUGCACUGGAUUCAGAUGGACUCAUAAUUCAAAAUAUUAUCAAGAUGGUGAGCACUGUAGACAAGACUCCAUGGGUGGUGGUGAAGAAUGGAGUGUAAAUGGUGCAGAAUGUCGAUGUCACCAAUUAAAACCUUUAGAGAGGCGACGUCGACGAGAACAUCAAAGGUGUGAAGCCCAUUCAUUGGUUGGAACACCGAACUAUAUAGCCCCUGAAGUAUUACUUCGAACCGGUUACACACAAUUAUGUGAUUGGUGGAGUGUUGGAGUCAUCCUUUAUGAAAUGUUGGUCGGAUCGCCUCCAUUUCUUGCUAACACCCCUGCAGAGACUCAAUACAAGGUUAUACAUUGGGAAAAUACUCUACAAAUACCAACAUCUGCUAAUCUAUCACCGGAAGGUGCUGAUCUUAUACUAAAGUUAUGUACUAGUAAAGAAAACCGCUUAGGUAAGAAUGCUGAUGAAAUCAAAAAUCAUCCAUUCUUCCAAGAAAUAGAUUUUGAGAGAGGAAUGAGACGUCAUAAUCCUCCACAUGUACCACGCAUUCAGUUUUCAACUGAUACAUCUAACUUUGAUCCUAUCGAUCCAGAACGUCUUCAGAACUCAGAUUCUUCUGAUCCUGAUAAUAGGAGUUCUGAUUCUGAUGGUAAUCGUCCAUUCCAUGGAUUCUUUGAGUUUACCUUUAGACGUUUUUUUGAUGAUGGCGGUGGACCAUCUUUCCAUACUAGAAUUAGUUUGGAUGAUAAUGAUGGACAAGGCGCUGUAUAUGUUUGAUCUUAGUAAAUUCUGUGAUGGUUGAAUUUUGGUAUAUGUGGGGACAUUUAUGAAUGCUCAAUUAAAGCCAUUUUAAUAGUUUAAAUAAAGCAUUCAUAGUGUAUAAGUAAAGUAAAUUUAUUAAAAAUGUCAUUAAUAUAAAAUACAAUUUUUUUAAUCGUGAUGAAAAUUAGAAAUAAGGUGAUAAAUAAAAAAAAAAUAAAAGAAUAAAAUAAUGUUCAUUAAACAAUAAGAAAUGCCACAUAUUGUACUGAGUAUAGCUUGUUUUCAGCUUUUCUAUUGCAACACAAUUAUUUGUGGCAAAAAGCUCAGUUUGAGGUGUUAGCCUCCCUUAGAACAUAAGCUUUAUUUAGUUACCAAAAUUGUCUUUGUAUUUUAAUAUUUUAGUUCCCUGCUAUUCAUAAAUUAAUACCCUUUUCCAAAUUCUAACUCCUUUUUUUCCUGUUGUAUUUAUCUCUUUUAAAAUUAAACUACUUUUAAGUUUAUUUUAGGAUUUAAUGUGUUUCAUCAUUCAUCUUAUUAUUAUUAUCUUUAGAAAAAUGAACCAAUUAUGGGCUGUGCAAAAUGACAGGGAUUAACUUACUGAGCUUAAAAAUGAAUUUAACACAUAUUUAUAUAAAUUUAUAUAUAUAAACAAAAUUAUCAUCUUUCUAUGCAGUUACCAAAUUUAUUUAAAAAAAAAAAAAUAAAAAUAACUAAUUUUUUUGUAAUUUUAAAUAACUUAAGAUACCUGCUCUCUUUAUUUCUCUCUGAUUAUUAUUAAUACUACUACUAUUAUAAUUAUUAUUAUUAUUAUUAUUUUUGUUUGUUUGUUUUAAUGAUCUAGUUGAAUUUGCUCAUUUCAAUAAUGUUUCGGCGUCAUUUUAGUUGACUUGUCUGUGAUAAACAAUUAUUUAGAGAAAAUAAAAUCUAAAAACAAUUCGGCCAAAAUGACGCCAGGCUUGUUUAUUACAGAUCUGCUUAGUGUUUUUUUUUUUUUAUUAUUAUUAUUAUUAUUAUUUAUAAGUAAUAUUGAAUUCAUUGUAUUAUAUUACUCAUGUGUAUUGUACAAGUUGAUUUAAAGUUAUACUUUUGACACAGUGUAUAUUUUUAUUAUUAUUAUUUUUUUUUUUUUUAGGAAAAGUGAUAUGUAAACAUAAAUGUAAUGUAUAUUUUUUUAUUACAAAAAGUCAAUAACAUA